GCAGACAUGAGUUACCUCCCCCUGUAUAGAACUCUUGAGUUUUCUUUUCAGGGCUUCUUCGCCCAUAGUGAGGGAUCUCAUUACUUAAGAUGAAGUUCAACAAGUUAGUGUCUGGUUCUCGGAGGAAGAACAGGAAAAGACAUUUCAAUGCACCUUCACACAUUCGCCGGAAGAUUAUGGGCACCCCUCUGUCCAAAGAAUUACGACAGAAAUACAAUGUUCGCAGUAUGCCCAUUAGAAAAGACGAUGAAGUUCAGGUCGUGCGUGGUCAUUACAAAGGUCAGCAGGUUGGAAAAGUUGUCCAAGUGUACAGAAAAAAAUACGUGAUCUAUAUUGAGCGUAUCCAGAGAGAGAAGGCAAAUGGUGCCACAGUUCAUGUUGGCAUUCACCCAUCAAAGGUGGUUCUUGUGAAGCUGAAGAUGGACAAGGACCGGAAGAGGAUUCUCGAGAGGAAAGCUCGCUCCAGGCAGAAGUCGAUGGCCGACAAAGGAAAACACACAGAAGAAUCAAUCAUGGAAACAUCUUAGAUAUUUACAAAGCCAUAAAAGACUUCUUAAAUUA